AAAAGAGUUAAAACGUUUAUUUGCGCUAAGAGAAUAGAAAAACAAAAGAAACAUACUUGCUGAUAGACUGGCAUUGUUGUUGUUGUUGUUGCUGGUCACAUAUAGAGACAACAGAUGCCAAGAAAUACGGCUAAUAAAAAAAAUCAGUAUAAAUUACGAACGCGCUGCUUUAAGACGUCUAUUUCGUAUGCAACGGGUUGUCAAGAGAUAGGAAAAAAAAUUAAGAAAAAAUCAAAUCAAAUUGAAAUUAAAUUAAAUAAAAAUAACAACAAAAAAUAAAUAAAUACCUCACCUUCUAAGAUUUCAAAUCAUUGGGUUUUUUUAUUCUGCGAUCAGCAUUAAAUCCAAUUGAUUGAACGUAAACAACAAAUCAUGCACACGGAACAACACAGCCAUAACAACACCAACAAUGUGGAAUUAUUAUCAAUAAAAAUUAAAAGUCCCCAGCAUAUCGACCAAGAAAUUGAAACCAGCUCUGCUAAGAACAGAAAAUGGCAGCAAUUUGUGGACCAACGUUACGGUUCAAAGAUCAGUGAUCGCAACAAUAACAACCUCAACAACAGCAAUAACAAUAGUAAUUGUGAUGCUGGCGUUGAUGACGACAACAACAAAAAUGAUAAUAAUGAUUACGAUGAUGAUGAUGAUCAUUAUGAAUCAGCAGUGCGUCUACUACAAAUCGAUAAGACCGUAAAUGGUUCGUGUGGUUUCCAUUUGACCCGUUCAAAAUGGGAUCCCUAUCCAUGGGUCAGUGGUGUUGACUGCUUUAGUCCGGCUGCCAAAGCUGGCCUAGAAAUUGGCGAUUGCGUUUUAGAGGUUAAUGGCUUUGAUGUAUUGGGUUUGCGAAUCACGGAAAUUGCAAAAUUGGUAAAAUCCUCGGAAUCCCAAGUCACGUUAUUACUCUGGAACAGUAAAUGCAAUAGUGGAUGUAGUCAAGAGAGUUUAUGUGCCGCUCCCAUGCCGCAAACAUUACAACGCCUCUCCACAAUCGUCCAAUGCGUACUUAACGUUCUGGAAUGUCCGGUUUGUCGUGACACAAUCACUCCACCCGCCAUGCAAUGCCAAAAUGGUCAUUUGUUGUGUGUCGAGUGUCGUAUUCGAGCUGAAAAUUGUCCCGUUUGCCGAGAUCGUUAUUAUCCACGGCCGGCUUUAAUUGCUGAACAACUCCAAACGGCCAUAACGAGUGCCUUCGAUUUAUGUCGCAACGAAGAUAAAGUGCGUCAGAAAAUCUUUGGACGCCAUAAUAGACAAUUGCAGAUGGUUAAGACCACACUGGAAUGUGUUGCCUUAAAGAGGCAACUUCAUAAAUCCCCGGAAUGGUCGUCAUUGGCGACCAUGUCAUUGAUGCCAGAGAGGACCCGAGUCCAGAGGUCAAUGGUGGAGGUGGUUUCGUCGGAGGGAAAACAUAAAACAGAUAUGUCUCAGAGCUCGCAACGAAGCAAACGAAUGGCAACGAAUGGGCGCUGCAAUAAAUUGCUAACGAAACUGUUCAAUUUCAAGGCAUAUUCAAUGGAAAAUCUAACAAAUAACAUCGAUACAAAUGCAAAUGCUGUCAGUGACACGGUCAACCGAUCAAUAUUAUCCGGGUUAGAAGAAGCUUAUCAAGUCAAACGAGGAGGAGGAGGAUGUGGGGGACUCCAGGAACAAUGUGAACUUGCAACAGCCAAACAUCAGCUAAACACAAAUCAAUUUCAGGGAGAAGAUUUUAUGGCAACAACUGUUGAACGACAAUGUCAGCCAGCCCCCGGGACAAGGCAGAAACAACCAUUCGAACACCAAACGCAUCCAACAAAUUGCAACAAUGAUGUGAACAUAAAUUCAAACACUGAUUGUCGUAGCAAACAAAUACUUUCGAGGAGCAGCAGGCAUUUUUCAUUAUCGUCAAGUGAUUUAACAAUGGAGCAGACAGCAGCAACAACAACAACAAUAAAAUUUCCGCCAAUGACGAGAACUAAAUCUAUGGCAAUAAUAACCAAUGAAGUUGCAAUCCAACCGUCGAGUUGUCUCUCCAACACGGCACCCAUAUUUUCUCCUUCUCUCUUUCAAAACAAAACCUCACCAAUUUGGUUUCAACGUCGACCUUUUCCCAAACACUAUGAACAGACCAUUCGGAACAUAGCUGCCAGGCAUUGUCAGCUGAAUUUGAGAAAAGAUAGUCCCUUGUCUUUAGCCAGCAAAUUGUAUCACCAUAGCGAUAAUGAAGAUGAUGCCAUCUGCGAGGGCGAUAAUAUUUCUUCAACUCCAUCUUCGACUAAUCCCACAACACCUUCAACAAUUUCCCUAAAAUCCUUGAGUUGAUUUUAGGCGUAGUCGGUGGUGUUAUUUGGGAAUUUUCGCAGCCGCCUACCUUUGUGGCAAAGAUGUAUCCUUUCAGAGGAACCGUAAACUUUAGUCGCUAUUUGAGGUUGGUGAUAAUAUCAAACUGAUAAACGAAAGGGAUUCCUUCUUUUUUUUUUUUGGUAGAUGUGUUGAGAUGUUUUUGUUUCCUUUAAAUGAGUAUUAAUUAAUGUUAAUUUUGUUGUUGUUGUUGGUAAUAUAUUUGCAUCUUG